AUGACGGACGAAAGCUUAGCACGUUUUCACCAGAAUCGAAGGAGAUUGCCUCAGAAACAGCGUCAGCACAAAUCUUCCAGUAAAGCCAAUCGACAGCUGGUCAAGAGGAAUCCGCCGUCGUCUUCUGGUGGAACCGACCUCCGAUCCAGUAAAGCCAAUCGACAGCUGGUCAAGAGGAAUCCGCCGUCGUCUUCUGGUGGAACCGACCUUCGAAGCUCUUCACCCAUCACUUUCACUCGAAAUGGAAGUAAGUUCAAUAACCAGGUUUUAUAG